AUGCCUCAGAGCUUCGGCGCUGGAAUCCAGCCUACUGCUGGAAAUGCUCAAUCCUAUAGCGAUGGUGCCGGAAUCAUGUCUCAAUAUAUCUCAACUGGUCCUACCCAACACAAUAUUUAUCAAGUACGGUCAUCGCAUUUACCCGUAACAAGCCAUUCCUACCAGCAUGCCCAAGUAUUUCCUACCACUCCAAAUCACGGCCUUGAUAAUUCGAAUACUGGCAUUUUCUCAGACGACGAGCAAUCUACUGCCGAGAACCUUAGCGAGGUUCUGGGUGAAUUGAAGAUUGACGAAACUGGUAUCGCACCCUAUAUUCGGCAACAACGAAAAGAGCGAUUGGAAGCAGAAGCUCCAGUUCAGGAUGAAGUCGAGGAAAGACUGCCACCUUUGAGCACCGGGGCGGGCUCCACCAUCCGUAUCCCCCCGGAGCUCAUGCCCUCCGAUGAUGAUGUGAUGAAUUACUUCAAAAUUUACUUUAACGAUAUACAUCCUUACGUCCCCGUCGUUCAUCGAUCUCACCUUUACUACCAAUGGCAGAAUGAGCGGAGUUCCAUAUCUCCUCUACUCCUUGAAGCACUUUUCGCUUGUGCCGGCAGGUUAUCAGACGAUCCGGCUCAGGGCGCACAGUGGCUCGCAUUGGCAAACAGACAUGAGUCCAGUUUCAUGGAUGUACCACGCCUAAGCACGAUUCAAGCGUUGCUUUUGCUAUUGAAAGCUCGAGAGUCUCUGCCAAAAAAGGGUUAUUAUUAUCGUUCAUGGCAGACUGUGAAGACGAUUGUCUCGAUGUCGAAGGAUUUAGACAUCCAUGAACAUUACAAUGCUCACGCGCAGGGCAGAUCUUGUGAGAUGGAUUCAGUGGAAUGUCUUGUGCAGACAAGAGUAUGGCAAGCCCUCUUGGUUGUCGAAGUGAUGAUCGGUGCACCACAAGGUCGAUCGGAUUACGGGGUAGAUCCAGAGACCGUAGAUAUGCGACCAACUCUAGACAUCAAGGGCCUUGACCAGUUCGAAAUCGACCGCUCGAGGCAAUAUGCAUACUUUGUCAGAAACGCGUAUCACAUCCGUUUGAUCACCGAUAUAUAUCACAAAAUCAAAAAGCAGAAAGACUGGGGAGCCAACCCUAGAUUUGUUGAAAAAAAUCCACUUUUUACCGAUUGGCUCCAAAGCCUCCCUCAAGACUUACAGAUUAAUUAUCCUAGCGAUGGUUCGCCGCCAUGGAUACCCUCACAUUUCGUGGGAAAUAUGCACUCGCAUUGCCAUCUCGGCAUCAUAUUAUUACAUCGACCACAGUUGUUAGCAUCCAAGUCUUUUGCGGCCGGCGGAGGAUGGAAGAUUCACAUGGCAUUGUGCUAUUCCUCUGCCAAAAGCCUGUGUAGGCUUCAGGAAGGUAUCUUAGACCGGUUCGGCCUUCCCGGUCUUCUGUUCAUGCAGAGAGGCAUCAAUUUCGCAAUUUACUGCAUUCUGACAUGCACUAUGCUGCAUCUGAUUGCUAUCACAUCGCCUGAUCCUCAGUUUCAUACGGAUGCGAGGGACUACUUCACGCGACACAUGCGUAUACUUGAGAAAUGUUCAUCGGCUUGGCCUAUGCCCGAAAUACAGGCACAGAUUGACUCCCUGCGGCUCGCGUUCUCCGCUGACAUCAAUCGCCCUUUCGAACUCAAACCUACGUUUCCUUAUGGAAGUCCCUCAGAACCAUACCAUCCCAGCCCACCACUUGGGUCAGAUUACCAUGCUCAAUUGGAUCAAGUUCCAAGUAAUGUGCAAAAUAGACUUCAACCUUUGGGACUGCUUGCACCACAUACACAUCACAGUCAUCCUGUAGAUGCUCCGUUAGUUGACGAAAAUAACUGGGAUCCCACUCGAAUCAUAAACCAGUGGGACAUGGCGUUCCCUGUCGGCCCGUCGAACGUGAGUACAAACUCGCCGCCGAUAGGCAUAGAUCAUUCUACACAAGGGAUUCCUGGUGUAUCGAACCAGUUUCCUGUUCAUUAUGAGACACAUACAAAGGUCUCUUCGAUCGCAGCUUCCCAACCGCUUCCUCAAACUCAGUUCAAUGGACAUCCAGUCCUGAUCACGGCUCGUGACUGGCAACACAGUGUUGCUAGUGUAUUUGAUCCUAAUGGCUUGAAGCGGAGGUGGGCACACUCAAUUGAUACUGGCGAGCAGAGUAAAACCAAACGCCAGCGAUAA